AUGUCUAAUUACCCCAUGGUUCCUGGGCACGAGGUUGUAGGGGAAGUGGUGGAGGUAGGAUCAGGUGUGAGCAAGUUCACCGCAGGGGAUAUAGUUGGAGUUGGUUGCCUCGUUGGAUGCUGCGGAGGAUGUAGCCCAUGCGAGAGAGAUCUGGAACAGUAUUGUCCUAAGAAGAUCUGGAGUUACAAUGAUGUUUACUUCGAUGGUCAACCCACACAAGGUGGCUUCGCUAGAGCCACCGUCGUUCACCAAAAGUUAGGGUAUGUAUGGCUAAAGGGUCAGUUUGUGUUCAGGUUUGUGGUGAAGAUUCCAGAAGGAAUGGCGGUUGAGCAGGCUGCACCGCUACUGUGCGCCGGUGUGACAGUGUACAGUCCACUGAACCACUUCGGGCUAAAACGACCAGGCCUAAGAGGAGGCAUACUAGGGUUAGGUGGAGUUGGUCACAUGGGUGUGAAAAUAGCCAAAGCAAUGGGUCACCAUGUCACCGUCAUAAGCUCAUCAAACAAGAAGAGAGAAGAGGCUUUGCAAGAUCUUGGAGCCGAUGAUUACGUGAUCGGAUCCGACCAAUCGAAGAUGAACGAAUUGGCGGAUUCAAUGGAUUACAUAAUCGACACGGUCCCUGUUCAUCAUGCACUUGAGCCUUAUUUGUCUCUGCUUAGGCUUGAUGGGAAACUCAUUCUCAUGGGAGUCAUCAGCAAUCCCUUGCAGUUUCUCACUCCUAUGGUUAUGCUUGGGAGGAAAGUGAUAACGGGGAGCUUCAUUGGGAGCAUGAAGGAAACAGAGGAGAUGCUUGAGUUCUGCAAAGAAAAGGGUCUGAGUUCGAUCAUCGAAGUUGUGAAGAUGGAUUAUGUGAACACUGCGUUUGAGAGACUCGAGAAGAACGAUGUGCGUUAUAGGUUCGUGGUUGAUGUCGAAGGAAGCAAACUCGAGGCCUGA